AUGGAUGGAGAGUUAACGUUGUGCAAAUUCUUGUACUUCGCAGAACUGUCCUCUCCUGAUCUAAUUCGCCCGCGAAGAAGACUCGCCCUCGACUGCAGGCCCAGAGAUUUGGAAGAUUUGUUCUACAAGUAUGGCAAGCUCACUCGCUGCGAUGUGAAGCGAGGUUAUGGCUUUGUAGAGUACGAGGACAGGCGAGAUGCCCAGGAUGCCCUGCGUGAUCUCGAUGGCGUCUCCGUUCUCGGAACCAGAAUCGCCAUCGAGUGGGCCAAGGGUGCCAGGAGAACCGAUACCGACACUUGCUUCCGAUGCGGCGAGGAGGGACACUGGGCGCGCGACUGCAAGAACCCCGCUUCCGAGCGUGGUCGUGGCGGCGGUGAACGCGGCUAUGACCGCGACCGUGGCCGUGACAGCUACCGCGGUCGCUCCCGCUCGCCCCCGAGGAGGGGAGACCGAGGCGAUCGCGAUCGCGACAGGGACUCGAGGCGAGGAGGCAACAACAAGAGGGAGAGGUCUCGCUCCAGGUCGCCCGUCAGGGAGAGCAGGCGCUCGCGCUCCGCUUCGCCCGCGGCCAAGAAGCAGAGGGCGUCGAGGUCGCCCUCGCCGGCGCCCGCCCGUGAGAGGUCUGCAUCGCCCGCCAGAUCGCCCGCUAGGUCGCCCGCUAGGUCGCCUGCUCACGCCGACUCUGGCCGUGAUGGCUCCGAUGCCCCGGCCGACGACUAA